UCUAAAAUGGUGGAAAAAGUGCUGAGACAUUAGAAACAUGUAACGAUAAACCGAAAAAACUGACUUAUUUCACGCCAUUUUUAUAGCCAAUGGAUAUUUAUGUUAAACUGGAUCUUUUCUCGCUUUGAAUUUACUAACUUUUGUUUGAAAUAUUGUUAAACACUAUAUAAACUGUGAAAAAAUGUAGACGAUGCUUGCAAUCUGGGACAGUGUUUCACAUUUGUGGAACGAUAUGUCACAAAUGUUCUUUAACAUAUUUCAACAUUAAUGGACAUAUGUCACAAAAUCUGGGGUUGACAAUGGCAAUGAGACCUAGCCCAGCAGAUCAUUUAAGGAGACAAAGAGAAAAGGCUCAGCAGGAAAGAGCUAAAUUGAUAAAAAAAAAUCAAGAGAAACAGAAUCAGCCGAGAAAUGUUGGGUUUCCUCAGCUUAGGAGAACAACAGAGAAAGAUGACAGAAUAGAACAGUUGUUAGGGCCACAUUCGGCUAUUGUAAAUUCACUAAAUAGGGAUACUGAUUUAUUAGGAGUUAUAAGUCAACCUCAGACUCCUCUUCCUAGUAGGUCAUAUGGCGAAGAUGACCCUUUUUACAACAAACCUGCAAACGAUGGUAGGAAUGGCAUUCGUCAACAUCAUCCCAUACAAAAUUUGAAAAAGAAACCCCCCUCAAAACCCAACUUUACUUUCCAAGAACCAUCAAAGAAUAGCCAAAAUUCAAAACAACCAGUACCUGUUCAAAAUGCUGACCACUCAACUUCCAAGUCUUCGUAUCAUCAAGAGUCUACCCAGAAUCAACAGCCAAAAAGUGAAAAUAUGCAGAUCAAAAAAGAAACACCUGUUCUUCCUAAAACUAAGAAAGUUACAAAAUCUAGUCAGCCUAUAUCCCCUCAUAGUUCAUCAUCAGACCACGAAGCUACAUCAAACAAGUCAACGCCAAGUCCCAAACCAUCAAAUGAAAAGCCCAAACCUCUGGGCAACAGUACAAAACAGUUCACACCACCUAACGGAGUUAACAGACCACCGAGGAAGAAUCUUGAGAAACUGACCAUUCCUAGUGGACAGAAUGAUGUUCAUAAAGAAACACAAAGUGUUGAUGAUAUUUUUAAGGAAAUGACACAUUUAGAGCUGCCAUUGACUGCCAUAUCUACUCCUCAGAAAGAUGAACACUUCCCUUUUCCAAAUUCUGUUAUUGGAAGAAACUUCUCUGAGUUAAAAAAUUUCCAGUCCAAGCUAAGCAAAUGCCCUAUUAUAACAAAUGACUUCAAGAAAGAUGAUUUAGAUAUACCUUUAGUUGCUCCUUUAGAGCCCUUGAUCACACCACCAGAAACACCCAUCAAACCACCACUAGCUGUCAAACAGGAAAAAAAUGAUGACAUCAUAAAAGAUCUUACUGUCAGUGAUGACAGUGAAGAUGAAGGGGAUAAAGAACCCAUUAAGAUUUCUGAAUGUCCACCCCGGAAAGACACAUGUAAACAAGGGAACAAAGCCCCUGUAAAGGAGCCUAGGUCACCAAUGUCCUCUGACAGUUCUAGCAGUGAAUCAGGGAAUGAUUCAGACAGCAGUUCUGAUGACAGUAAUUCAUCUUCGAAUUCAGAUGAUGAUGAGGAAGAGGAAAAGGUUCAAGUUAGGGUAGACAGGGUCAAAUCUCCAUCAAAAUCUCCUGCACAUGACAAGUCUUCAAAUUCUACAUCAUGGAAGUUAGAGAACUUUCUUCCUGGUGAUAAAUGUCCAAAACCCUCUCCUAUAGUAUCUGACCAUAGCGAUGACAAUAAAGAACUGCUUGAUAAAAUCUGCCUAGAAUUCAUCCAUAAAAGUCCAACAAACAGUAUUGAAAAAUCACCAAACCAGCAGCUUCAUUCUGACACUAGUAGUAGUAAUGGUGAUAGCAGUCCACAGUCUAUUCACUCCCCUGCAGAGUCCUCACCAUUAAAACCAUCGUUGGUGAACGGGAUAGCACCUAGUAAAAAAAUUAGUUUACACAGUGACAAUAGUGAUAGUGAAAUUGAUGUUGUGAAUACACCGCAGAAAAAAGUGUCUUUAAUGCCACAAAGUGACAGUGGUGUUGCUAAGUGCUUAAAUUUUGCUGAUUCCAACAAACCAACAUUAGGGAGAUUAUCAUCACCCAAUAAACCAACAUUAGGGAGAUUAUCGUCACCCAACAAACCAAUAUCAGGGAGAUUAUCAUCACCCAACAAACCAACAUCAGGGAGAUUAUCGUCCAAGAGAUUGAGUUCAGGGUCCGGAAGUAUUAUCGGACCUGUAAGUAGUGAUGAUGAGGAUGAGAAUGAUGGACCUCGGAAUAAUAAUAAUAUGGAAUUAAAUUUACAAGAUAUCAUCGAUUCUGUUGGUACCAAACAUACUCCCUUAUCGCCAAUACAUCAGGAACCUGAGAAAGUUCCACAAAAAUCUCCAUGUUUAAAGACAACCGUGAAUAAAGACGCUUUGAAAUUCAAUGAUGGAAAACCUUCAAUAGUGGUCCGUCUUAAUUUUAAAAAUGUUGAACACUUGAUAAAGAACAGAAUAAAAAAGUCACCAUAUCGUGAUAAAGUAGGAAUUAAGUGUGAGGAAUUGAAGCAAAAUUCACCAUAUCCUAUCAUCAAAUCACCAGAUCAUAAGUUUCAUGACGAAACUGCCAAUACUGAACCCCAGGAAAUGGAUUUAGAUACAGACUCAGAAAUGGCCAAUGUCCAUAUUGAGGAUUAUAGUUCAAAAAAUGUGUCUUCUUAUUCUUCUUCACCUCAUAAUGAAAAGUGUUGGAAACCUAGUGACAAAAUUAGCAUUAAACGCAAAGAAAAUGCACCUGAAAAAGUGUUCACAAAAAGACGAAAAAUCACGCCGAAGACAAAUAAUAAAUCAACAGAAACUGCUCAACAAGAGAAAGACAGCCAUGAAGAUGACCAUAAAUGGGACAGAAAGCGGCCCCUGCGGUCGACAGAGAGUAAAGGUCCUCUUAGCAAUAGUAGUAGUUCUAGUCAUACAGAUAAACCAGAGUUUGAACUGGUGGAAGACCUUAAUGGCCAGGCUAACAGUGAUGCUCACCCGUCCUCUGUAGAAACCAUCUUCAAUCGAGAAGGAGACGGUGAACACGAACCUUUCAGUCGCAAACCAGUCAGGAAACCAGAUGAACCCCUGGAAUCAAGUGAUAUUCACCGAUCUCGUGCCAGAGAUCUGAAGCAUCAGGCAGAUGAACUUGCCAAACGACUAAAGCAUCAUCCAGACUUUACUGACAGAAUUGCUAUGUAUUUAUUGUAUAUUGAGUCUAUGUCGUCCUUUGUAUUGUGUGGAUAUGCCAUGGAGAAAGAGGAACGCAAGGCCACCGAUGUUUAUAAAAUGUACUCUGACACAUUUAACUUAAUAUCUCAUAUCUGUAAAAUAAGGCCUAGUGCUGAAACUUCAGAUACAGAGAAAAAACUAGCAGUAUUAAUAUAUAGAAUCCAGUCAAUACUAUGUUUUAAGUUGUACAAAAUGAAGAAAAACGAAGCUUUGAAGUUCAAGAAAAUCAUCGAUGAACACAAUAAGACUUCAUCAUCAAAACAACCAGCUCAUGCGCCGUCCCCCCAUUGGAACAACCGAUCGACGCCAUCUCCCAUGUCGCCUUCUCCUUCCCCUGCUGGCAGUGAUGGGUCUAUAAGAUCACAGGAUAGUGGUUAUACGCCUUCCAAACUUCCGAACGGGAACAUUUCCACUCAACCAACCAUGUCAUCACCAGGAACGGUCGCAGUUCCUCAGCGGAUACAUUCCAUUACUCAACAGUAUCAUAGUAUAGUUAAUUAUGUCGUCCAGUGCCAUGAAUUCUGGGAUCAAGCAGAAUCUGUAUAUAGUGAUCAUAAAGUUUCAGAAUUUUAUGGUGAUAUUGACGAUCAGUGUGGAUCUCUGACUUUACAUUCUUCUGUGCCAGAUCUGGUAUAUUAUGUACAAACUGGUCUUCAAAAGAUCAAAGAGACGUGACAGUGAUCCAAAUCUUAACAGUAUGGCAGCUAUUGGCUGACAACCUUUGUGAUAAAACCAUGGCAUUCUCAAGGUCUUCCCUCAACAGUCUUACCAUAAAUGUCUUCUGGAAGACCUUAAUCAGAUUUUGGUGCCCUGUUGUCAGAUCUUAGAGGAUCUUUUUUUAAUCAGUUCUAUAAAGCCUUUUUAGUUUGUUUAUUUUGUUUUAUAAGAAUUAAGACAUCUUGGUCUCAUAUUGUAGAAAGUUGAAUGUUUGUAGUUAAAAUAUGUUUAUUUUCUUAAUCAUAUCUGAAAUGUUAAUUUGUAAAGUAUUUUUUGGUAUUAAUUCUUUUACCAUGACUUUUCUUUUAAAAAGGUGAACUAAGAUAAAAGUUAAAUUUGAGAUAAACUGUAUUUUAGGUUACUUUUAAUUGCCACAAAUUUCAUACAUUCCUCCAAAGUAUUUGUUGUUUAACAUGUUAUGCUUACUACAUUUGAAAGUUAGUUUUUGAAAUACACUAAAUAACAGUUUAUGGUUUAAGCUUAAAGUGCUAAAUUGUUCUUCCAUUGCUAAGUUCAGUUUUAAGAUUCCAGUUUAAUAUCAGUGGCCUCUGUUCCACUGUGUCAUGAAGAAUUUCUCAAUAAAUUAAAAAAAUAAAUUGUGAAUCUUACAUUUCCAUGGCAUUUCAAAAUCUCAGUUUGUCAUUUGAUGAUAGAUCUCAGUAGACCUUGACCUUGGAGUACUUAACAAUGGAGCAUGACAAGUAAAGUGCAUUCCACACGAAACAUUCAUGUCACUACGGCAAUAAAAGUUGUUGUUACUACAGCAAUAUAUCUUGACCAUGGUUAUUACUAGUCAUUAGUGAUUGUAAACAAAGAUACAACAAAAAGGAUUCUUUUAUCAAGUUGUGUUAUUUUAUGUAAUUAAUGAAGAACAAUGCCAAAGUUGUUUUCUGUAUAUUAAUAGAGAGUGCUAUCAGGGGGAAUAAUCAAGGCAUGAUGGUUGGUUGUGUUUAUAGCCAUUGUGAUAGAAUGGGGACAAAGGGUAAUUCUUCUAUAUUUUCCUAUUCUCAUAAAAGUUAGAAUGAAUGUAUGAAUAAUUUUAGGCUGCAAGUUUUAUAUAUAUAAAGAUAUCAGCUAAACUAGAUACACGUAUUACCAGUAUUUUUUAAAUGAAAUUUCCAUAUCGCCAUGCACAUACUAAAAACAGGUAAAAUUUUGCUGGAAUUUACCUAUAUCGAAUUAGCAGCUGUCAUUUUUACACUAAAUUUUCAUCUACUACAAAAUCAAAAUUCUAGGAAUGCUUCAAAUGGAGUUUUUUUUUUCUCAAUUCGUUGUGGCAUGUACUCUUUUAAAGUCCAGCUAUGUGUAAAUCAUACACAUUCAAGAUCACCAAGUGUAAAGCAGAACUGCAUCAUGGUUGUGAAUUUUAUUCGUUUGUAAUAAAUAUCAAAAUGACUUGUUUCAGAUGGAAUGACAAUCUGGUACUUUAGCUGCCAUUAAGAUUAACAGUUUUGUUUGUUAUUCAUUGGUCAGAAUCGAAAGGCUUAUGGGUAUCUUUAUUGUUGGUACACCAAAAUUAGAAUACAGUUACAUCAUUGGUUAUGAUUUAGCAAAUAUAUCUUGGAAUGAAUCCGAUUCUGAAUCAGUAAAGUUUAGUCAAUCUGUAGCCCAUACUUCAGUCUGUAGCCCAUACUUCAAUCUGUAGCCCAUACUUCAGAACAUGCAAGAAGAAUUUCCCUUUGUUUUUUUAAAGCCGGUGGUGUUUGCCGAAAUAUGUCAAAAAAUUAUAUUUAUUGUUUCAAUAUUUAUAUAUUUAUUAAAAAUUUUGUAUAUAGAAUUAGUUUAUGCAUUAUUUAAGAAUUGUGUAUUUUGUUCCACAUUUGUAUGUUAGUCCUAUUCAUGUAGUAGUGAUUUUGAAAUAAGUGGUUCAUUUUUGCAAAAAUUAGAAAAAGGGUACAUACAAAUUUUGUUGAAUGAUAUUCCUAUUAUUAGUUAAUUAUCCUAUUAAUUUUAAUAAUUUAGCUACUUGAUUCCACAUAAAAAUACCCAAUAAACAAAACACAAGAUUUUAUCUAUUUGAAAAUUCUAGUAUGUGUUAAUAAGAUGCUUUACUUUCACAACUUUCACAAUGUUUUAAAACAUUCUGUUGAUCAUUGAACAAGAGACAAUGCUGUUAAGUGUUAUAAUAAUAUGGCUUAAAAUUCAAGAUAAAUUUAAAAAAAAUCAAAGUCCAAGUUGACGGAUUAAUGUCUGAAAAAUGUCUUCAAAUUUUCAUCAUUGCAACAAUUAAGUUAUGUUAAGGUGUAAUUGGUAUCUCAUAACAAUCCUUUUCUGUAUUUUUUUUAAAAAAAACCUGCUUCCUACAAGCAUGGCAUGGAUGGUUAAUAUUUGAUGGUGUUUGUCAUCAACAACUUACUGUAAAAAUAUCAUUUCUUCUUUUAGAAUGAAUACUUAUGAUAGACCAUUGAUAUUUGGUAUAAUCAAAUUCUUAUUUGGUCCUUUAGAGUAUAAAUACUUGUGAUAGACUAUUAACAAUUGUUACAAUCAAAUUCUAAUUUGGUUCUUCUGAUAAUAGAUACUUCUGAUAAACCGUUGAUAUUUGGUAUAAUAAAAUUCUUAUUUGGUCCUUCAGACUAUAAAUACUUGUGAUAGACUAUUUGCAACUGGUUAAAUAAAAUUCUAAUUUGGUUCUUCAGAUAAUAAAGGCUUAUGAGAAACCAUUGACAUUUGGUAUAAUAUAACUUUCAUAAAUGCUAAAACCUUGCAUCCUUGUAUUUCAAAAUCAUGUUCUUAACUUUAUUUUGCCUUCCUGCCCUCGCUCAGACACUUAGGGUCUCUUAGUUAAUUUUGAUUGAAUAUUCUAUCUAUAUAUAUAUUUUCUGAAGAUUUAAAUAACAGAAAUACAGAAACCUAUGGUGUUAUGUUAAUUUUUGCAAACAUUAAUUGCAGAUAACCAGAUAUUUAUUUUUGUUAAAGUUUGAUUAAUCAAAACCGUUAAGUAGUACUUAGAAUAGUAGAAGAAUAGCAAAGGUCUGCAUCCCUAGGAGGAAGCGCCCCAGUUUUUAGCCAAAAGUACAAGUUCAGGAAAUGGGGGAGGUAAUUUUGCCUGUUCAAAUUAAAUUCCACUCUGCAGGAGCAGCAAGUGCUCACCCUAUCAACAAUAUCCACUCUGGUUAUGUUUGGAGUUCAUGCUAUGGCCUCAGGUUAAUACUCUUAGUCUGUAUAUUCUAAUUUGAUCGACACCUUUGAAACAUCAGCUGUUGCUUCUUAUUUACACAAACUACAUGUACCAUUAAACAAGCUGUUUUGUCUCGUCAUUAAAUCUACAGUAUAUAAUGUGUCAUGACAAAACUUGAUAUCAAAUAGGAGACACAAUGAAGUUUAAAAUAAAUAGAUGAAUAGUAUAUUUAUUUUGAUCUCUGAAUUAAUAUAAUAUAUAUAUCAUAUUUAUAGUAAUUUAUUUUUGAAUGGAAAUCAAAUUGUGAAAAUGCCAAAAAAUGGACAUAAUUAACAGAUUGUUUAUCAUUAAUGUAUUUAUUAUUGUUAUCAUUGUUCACAACCAUCUUCUCAAGUCUGCAGUCAAAUGAUUUAAUGGUCACAUCCUCCUCAUUUUCACUCCAUGUAUCACUGGGUUUAUAUCAGCUGAAUAACAGACAAAAGUACAAAGGUUCAAAUUUUUAUGCAAUUCAAUAUUUUGACAAUAUAAUAAAUAUGAUGCCAACUGCCUUCUCUAAGGUGGUUUGGUGUCACAAGAUAUUUUGUAUUGUAAAAUCCUUUUGCAAGACAACACUUUUCUGUAGUUUUUCAUGGUUGUUGAAAUCUCAUUAAUUUUUUUCCUCAUAGUACUUGAAUUUUUUUAUCUUUUUCAUGAAGACAACAAUUUGAUAGCAAUAAAGCAUUUGAUAUAUGCAAGGGAUUCCAUUGGUUAGGAUUUAAAUCAUUUGUUACUGCAAACGAUUGGUUGUUACAGAAUGUGAAGGAUCAUGGGUAAUAUCAUUGUAAAUCUACCAAAAUAAAAUAAUCCAAUGCAUUCAAUGCUGUCAUUGUUGAUAUGUAUAAUCAUGGUUCAAUGGUAUACAUUUUUUUUACCCAGAAGCCUUUACAAUUUAUAGCUACAAAUCUGAUGAAGGUAUUUUAGAUAAGGGUAAUUGGGUCUCAUUGUCAUUUGCCUUAGUGAUGCAACAAUUUGUAUGUGAAGUGCUUUAAAUUUACAAUUGCUAUUAUUGUUUGUAAUUGUAUACUUUGUCUUAUAACAAUACUCUGUAUUAAAACUAAAAUAAUUUAUAUAAUAAUGCCAUGGCUUACAGAUAGUCUAUUUUAUAACCAAACUAUCUGCCCCCCCCCCCCCCCCUCCCCCCUUUCCCCUAAUUAUAUGUUUUACAAUUAUAGGCUCAACAGACCCUCAGUUUUAGAGAAGAAGAAAGUUUUGAAUUUUUUUACAGAAAUUUCAGCUGUUCAUUCUGAGGACCUGUCAGUGUCUAUAUUUAACUUUUCAAACUUCAAGGAGAUCCCCUUCUGAAGAAAAUUUUGUCAUAGAUCCUCAUAAUUUUUUGAUGUAAAGGAAAGAUUUAUAAUAAAAUGAAAAUAAUUAUUAGUUAGUAAGCUAAACCAUAUGUUAAAAUAGCAUAUGCACUCUAUAUUGUGUAAAUAAACACAAAGUUUUACAAUAAUUUGAUCAAUUUUAUAAGACAAACAACAACUUAUAAAGAAGUAAAGAUGAAAUACGCAGAUUGUUCUCAAGAGCUACAAAAUUGCUUUCCCUAUAAUGGGAAUGAUAAUCAGGGGGCGGGAAUGGAUUUUCAAAUUUUCUGAAUAAAUAUUUGGAGGCUUCCAACAAUAUCUGAAGAGUUGACAACUUUGACAGUAAGCUUAAGGUUGAUUUUGUACCACCACUUGCUUUUCUAUGCAACGACAUAUAAAUUACAUCAGUGCUAUAAUAUGUUGACCCUCAGUAAACUACCAGUGUGCUAUUUAAUUUUUUUUCAUGUGAACAAGUUUGUAAAUAUGGUGCUAGGACAUAGUGUGCUAAACAGUAACUUUGUGAUACCAUACACUGGAUAUCACUUUAUUACUCUUUAAUAAUGACUGGUUUUUAGAUCAUAGUGGUUAAAUAUAGCUUGUCAAAGAAUUAGAAUAUUCAUGAACUGAAAGAUUUUCAGAUUUUCAAAGCACUGAUGCAUAUUACAUCAAAUAUAGUUAUAUAAUAAGUAUCAUGGGUGAAUCAAAAAUCUAAAGCAGUUGGUGGCCAUGUUUAAAAGCUUUCAGAAAUAUGAAAAUAAUUAAGAGGUUUCUUUGGAACUGAUCAUUUUGCAAAUUUCAAAUUUGGAAAUUUUUUGGGCAUGUACACCAUAACACUCUGAAAAAUCAUUAAAUUUUGGUUAAAUAUGGAACUGUGAUGGAACACUUUAUUUUAUUUUGUAUUGAAUUAAUUAAGACUGGUGCUUAAACAGCAUCUCUACGUGAUUUAUUUAAUUUUUUUCAUUUAAAACAAUUGCACAAAUAUUUUUGUUUGUAAUACCCAAUUGCAGUUUUUAUUUUACCAUGGAAAAAAGGUUAAUUUGCUAAUAAUUUGGAAGUCUAUAAAUCACAUUAACAAUCACAAACAGGGGCUCUUUGGACAUUAGAUUCUACAAUAACUCAUAUUUUUUAUUAUACUGAAAUUUUCAAGACUUGUGAGUACUUUUCUCAUACUUUUUUUUUGUAGACAGAGACUUAGAUUUUUUUUUAGCUCAUGGUAAUCAGAACAUGGCCAUUAUUUUGUUGCAUGAUUUUAUUGUGAAAUAUGGCUAUAGUAUAUUCAGUGUUCUAUUUUCAAGCUAUAUUUGAACCAGUCAUUAGAUCUUGUUUUUGACAAUACUAAAAUUUAAGCAUGGCCUGUCACAUCUCAUUAGUAUAGAUCUCUUGUAUGGUCUAGCCCUGAUUUAGUUGGUAAUAAAUGUCUAUACAAUAAACUGGCCAACAAAAUAGAAAAUCCUUCUGUUAAAUGGACAAAUAGAAUAUGAAACUAGGCACGAUUUCUUGAAGAAUUUCUAGUCUGAGUUUUUAUAAAUAUCUGACUGUUUAUACAGGGAAAAAAACAGAUUUAGAUUUGAGAUUUUUAUAAGAGAAUCACACCCAAGUGUAAAUUUGUAGAAAUGAUUUGCUUUAGUUAAAUGUACAUUGUUUGUGAGGCUAUUUAUAUCAUUCCAGUUUCUGUGAUCUGUUUUGUUAAAACUGGAUCUCCUUAUUUGCACAUGUGGAAGGUAACCAGUUUAUAUCAAGUGAGGUAACCAUGGAUUCAGAUAUGAGAGUUUCAUAUAAAUACUAUAAUCAAAAUUCUCUCCAGUCGGUAUUUCUCUGUCAUUUCAUAGCUUUUUAUGCUUUAUCGAUACAUUAAAUGUAUGAUUUAUGUCAGGGAACUUUACUGUAGUCUGUUUCAGCUCCACCCAUCAAAUCAGUUUCCGUUAAAUGCAAAAAUCUCUGUUGUAUUAUUUGUUUUCCAUUGAUUUGAACCAUGGUUGCCUUGGUAAUUAUUUUUCUGUGUUCAAAAGUAUUUAUUGAUAUUGCGUAAAUAUGAAAUGUACGAGAACCAUGUGCAAUGAGACUGAAAAUUUUAUAUUUGACAAAAAUAUGCAUUAUUAUUAUUAUUAUUUUGUUUUCAUCACCAUGACAACGGUUGUGUUGAUGCUUAAUUGUUUGUUUGCCAUUGGUUAAGACCACAUUAAAUUAGUUCUACAAUUGAUAAGCAUUGUAUACAAAUUAUAUAUGAAAUGUGCUCAUUAUUUUUGUAAAUUUGCAACAAGUUACAAAGUACAAAGUUGAGUAUAUAAACCAAUUUGUAAAAUUCAUUGAAUUUUAAGAAUUUAUUUGUAUUGGUCUUUAAAUACAAUAUAGGCCAAAUUAUAUACUUCAUGUUCAUUAUUAAAUGACACAAAUGUGAA